AUGCCCGCAACCAUUGCGGCGAAACCAGUAAAUGGUCCUGACCAGGGCAUAUUUCACAACACUGCCGGAUUCAGCACACUUAUCACGGUUACAGUUCUGACCCUUGCUUGGUUGGCCGGCUUUGCUUCCCGGCUUUUCGCUGUAAUACGGUUCGAAAGCAUUAUUCAUGAAUUUGAUCCAUGGUUCAACUAUAGAUCGACAGCUUAUAUGGUGGAGCAUGGCUUUUACAAUUUCCUGAACUGGUUUGAUGAAAGAGCCUGGUAUCCUCUGGGUAGGAUAGUUGGUGGCACAGUGUAUCCUGGUCUCAUGCUUACAUCAGGCACAAUUCAUUGGUUUUUACAUGCACUUAAUAUUCCUAUUCAUAUUAGGGAUAUUUGUGUAUUCCUUGCUCCUGUAUUUAGUGGUCUUACAGCAAUAGCUACAUAUCUGUUAACCUCAGAAUUAUGGUCAAGAGGUGCGGGGUUAUUUGCAGCAUGCUUUAUUGCUAUUGUUCCCGGGUACAGUAGCAGGUCUGUGGCUGGUAGUUAUGAUAAUGAGGGCAUAGCUAUCUUUGCACUUCAGUUUACAUAUUAUUUAUGGUUGAAGAGUGUUAAGAGCGGUUCAGUCUUUUGGUCUGUUUGUACAGCUUUGUCCUAUUUUUAUAUGGUGUCAGCAUGGGGUGGUUAUGUAUUCAUUAUAAACUUGAUACCACUCCACGUUUUUGUGCUUCUUAUAAUGGGCAGGUUCUCACAAAGACUCUUUGUAAGUUACACAGUCUUCUAUAUAAUUGGACUUGUAUUCUCCAUGCAAAUUCCAUUUGUUGGUUUCCAACCGAUUCGGACCAGCGAACAUAUGGCUGCCUCAGGUGUAUUUGCAUUGCUAAUGGCAGUUGGAGCUCUAAAAUAUUUACACAGCCUGAAUCCAAAAGGUGAAUGGAAGCAACUAUUAAUUUUGGGUACAAUAGUAGCUGCUGGUGCAGUAUUUUUAGCUGUGGUGGCCUUGACUUAUAUGGGAAUCAUUGCACCUUGGAGUGGAAGGUUUUAUUCUCUAUGGGACACAGGAUAUGCCAAAAUUCAUAUACCGAUAAUAGCUUCAGUGUCAGAACAUCAGCCAACAACAUGGUCCUCAUUCUUCUUUGAUCUUCAUGUUCUGGUGUGCACUUUUCCUGUUGGUCUGUGGUACUGCAUCAAGAAUAUUAAUGACGAGAGAGUAUUUGUUGCACUGUACGCCCUGAGUGCUGUAUACUUUGCGGGUGUGAUGGUUCGAUUGAUGCUAACACUUACUCCCGUUGUAUGUGUUCUCGCUGGUAUUGCUUUCUCUAUCAUUCUCGAAUUGGUGUUAAAAGAGGAAGACACUACUCAGGCACCUAUUGAAACUGAAGAGGUUAAGAAUGACAAGUCUGGUAAAGCGAAGAAACGUGUACAAGAAACAGUACAGGCGCAAGAUCAAGGACCGGGGUUAUAUGCGAGGCCCGGAACUGUUAUAGCCUUCAUGAUUCUGCUCAUGCUAUUCUCAGUUCACUGUACGUGGGCCACCUCCAAUGCUUACUCCAGUCCUAGUAUCGUAUUGGCGAGCUAUGGGAAUGACGGGUCACGAAGAAUAUUAGAUGACUUCAGGGAAGCAUAUGGUUGGUUGUCACAGAACACUGCAGAGGACGCAAGAAUUAUGUCGUGGUGGGAUUACGGAUAUCAGAUAGCGGGUAUGGGUAACAGGACGACGCUCGUGGACAAUAAUACAUGGAACAAUUCUCAUAUAGCCCUAGUCGGGAAGGCUAUGGCCAGUAACGAGACCGCGGCCUAUGAGAUUAUGAGUAUGCUCGAUGUGGACUAUGUGCUGGUGAUCUUCGGCGGGGCCAUCGGUUAUUCGGGAGACGACAUCAACAAGUUCAUAUGGAUGGUUAGAAUCGCUGAAGGGGAACAUCCGAAGGAUAUACACGAAGCUGACUAUUUCACCGAACGCGGAGAAUAUAGGAUAGACGCAGAAGGAUCGAAGACAAUGUUAAACUGUUUAAUGUAUAAGUUAUCAUAUUAUAGAUAUGACAGUGGCGGUAGUCCGCCGGGUUACGACAGGACGCGAAAUGCGUUGCCUGGCAACCGCGGCUUCAAACUUACUUAUCUUGAGGAGUCCUACACCACUGAGCAUUGGCUCGUUAGAAUAUACAGAGUGAAAAAACGUGAUGAGUUCAAUCGUCCACGAGUCCCACUCGCCAAAAGGACUAUUCCUACUAGCAACUCUAUCUCUAAGAAGACGUCAAAGAGAAGAAAAGGCCUACUUAAGAAUAAGCCUACAGUGGUGAAAGGUAAGAAAAUGAGACUAGAGUGA